AUGUCAAACUUUGACAGUAACCCUUUUGCUGACCAGGAUAUAAACAACCCAUUCCAGGAUCCAUCAGUGGCUCAAGCAAGGCACACCGUUCCUCCACCAUUAGAGGAGUACAACCCAUUCACAGAUGGAAAAGUGGGUCCAGCGGGUGUGGCGGCCAGGACUGCAGCCUCCGCCUUUAACACACAGCCAGCCAUCAUGAAAGCCACUGAAGAGCCUCCAGCAUACUCUCAGGAGCAGCCACAGGGAGCCAGUGAGCUGCUCAAGAGGCAGGAGGAGCUGGAACGCAAGGCUGCAGAGCUGGACCGCCGCGAGAGAGAGAUGCAGUCGCUCAAUGCUGCAGGAGGAAGGAGAAACAAUUGGCCCCCUCUCCCUGAGAACCUCCCUGUGGGCCCAUGUUUCUACCACGACAUCACUGUGGACAUUCCUGUGGAGUUUCAGAAAACUGUCAAGAUUAUGUACUAUCUGUGGAUGUUUCAUGCUGGAACCCUGUUUGCAAAUGUGGUUGGGUGUUUGGCCUGGUUUUGCGUGGACUCAGGACGAGGAGGAGACUUCGGCUUAUCCAUCCUUUGGCUCUUAAUGUUUACUCCCUGCUCGUUCGUCUGCUGGUAUCGACCUCUCUACGGAGCGUUCAGGAGUGACAGCUCAUUUAGGUUUUUCAUUUUCUUCUUUGUCUACGUUUGUCAAGUGGGUGUGUAUGUCCUGCAGUCUAUCGGCCUCAACGGCUGGGGCACAAGCGGUUGGAUUUCCGCCCUCACAUGCUUGAACACAAACAUCCCUGUGGGUAUUCUCAUGAUACUGAUAGCUGCUCUCUUCUCAUCACUCGCCGUCAUGUCUCUGGUCAUGUUCAAAAAGGUCCAUGCGAUGUACCGGACCACUGGAGCUAGCUUUGAGAAGGCGCAGCAAGAAUUCGCCACCGGAGUCAUGACAAACAAGAACGUUCAAACGGCGACGGCUAAAGCUGCUUCUACGGCGGCGCAGGAGGCCUUCAGGGAGCAGGUCUGA